AUGCCCUGCUUCUAUGAAACUUGUGUAUUCGGCAAGGAUGGUCCUCAAGCUGGCCAAGCAGUUGCACAUGUCCACAUUCACCUCAUCCCGAGGAAGAAAAGGGAUUUUGAGAAAAAUGAUGAAAUAUAUGACGUGAUUGAUGUGAAAGAGAAAGAACUGAAGGAGAAGCUUGAUCUGGACAUUGAGAGGAAAGAUAGAACCAUGGAUGAAAUGGCUCAGGAGGCCAAUGAGUACCGUGCUCUUUUCUCCUAG